UGCCGCUUGUGAAACAGAUUUUCUGAUUAAAAAAAAAAAAAAAGGCAGCUGCGCGUCCGCCCGUAGGGAGGGACGGCAUGAUUUAUUUUUGGCUUUUGCAGGAAAUCACCACGUAAAACCAAAAGCUGAACUUCACAAAGAUGAUCACACAGCAAUUCAUUCUCCUUUUUCUGCUACUAUUUAAAGUCAUCCGCGGAGAGUUCACCGACGUCUAUGUCGCGGAGGGCGACGUGGCCACUCUUCCAUGCCAGAUGUCAUUCUGCUCCGAUUUGGAAUGGUCGUAUGCUUCGGGCUACGACCUGCCAAUAAAGGAAGUGAAAGACGGGCGAGUUGAGAUCCGCUCGUCCAGGGGCGGGCGCCUCAGCGUGAAAGAAGACUGCUCGCUUCUCAUCCAGGGGGUGAGAGCAGAUGACGCCGGUCUCUUCAAGUGUCAACUGGAUGAUCCAAACGAAAGAGUUUUCUUGACGGUGAUGACACUGACGUGGUCAUCAUGGGAUCCAACGAGAGAUGGUGAAGGGGAGCUGAAGUGUUCCGUGGCCUGCUGGCCCGUACGCGAGUGCCGUUGCGGGAAGUUCCUCUGGAGGGACGGGGAAGACCGGGAACUUCCAAAAGAACGUAUUAGGCAGGACACCUGCGAGUCCACUUUCAAAGUACUUUCUGUCGACCUAGACCAAAACUACACGUGCCAGUAUGUGAAAUAUCAAGAAGUGAGGGUCCAAGCCUGGCACGCGUUCAACUUCCCGAGGUUGAACGAAGGAGAAACGAGAGCGGUGCCGCUCGAACGGAACGUGCUCGCCGGGGCGGGCGUGGCCGCCUUGACCCUCGUUGUGGUCUUCAUCGUGGUCCUCACCAAGUUGAAAUGGAGCACGGGCCGGAGUACGAAUGUCAUUGGACAAGAUUCCGUCAUGUAUGAAAACGUCAGGUCAUCAACUGCAACUGACCUCCAAUCCAUUUGAAACGGCGAAUGAAUGAGCUGGAGGCCGAAAAGUGUCAUUGCAUGUAAUUCACUU